AUGGUUCCAGAUAGACUAGACACUUUGCCCCAACGUAAAAGAAAAGAAUCACUCGAUACUCUGCGCAACCAUCCUAUUUCACACACGUCUCAUCCUCCCUCAAAGCCACACCCUGAACCAUCAAAUGUACUCCACAUCACACCUUCGGGUCAUAUCAAGACUCCAAAACCGGUAAAAAGAGCUUCGUUGCCUAUCGAAUCAAGGGAAGAUCGACAUGAACGAAUGCGAAAGAUAUCUUCGAGAGAAAUCCUGUAUCCCACACCUGAAGCUGCCAAGGAAGCUUUCAGGGUAGAACGUUAUAACAAUCCACCGGUGAGGAACCGACGACCGCCUACACCUCAUACUUCGUCUAGAAAAGCAUCCAGUAUAAAGAGAGCAGACAGCGAUCGAUCCAUUCGUUCUAGAGUAUCGUUUGAUUCCACUCGUUCAAGAAGAUCGAAUCGGUCUGGCAGAUCUGGUAGAACAGGAAGUGACUCGGAUGGAACUGUCGAAGAUGGCUGGGAACCUUCUUUCGCCUCGACCAAUGGCAUCGGUCCUGCGGGUGAAGCCAUUGAAGUCAUCGGUCUAGGCAGAAAGAAGCCUAGACACAGAACUUUCAACUCUGGAAUGCUGAAACCUGCUUUGAGAAGUACAUCGAGAGUGAAUUCGAGAGCAACUCUGAGAGAUCAAGUACACAACGGAGAAAGGGUAGAAGAGAAACCGUUACCUAACAGGCCAAUGUCUUCAAUCGUUAAUUCUAUUACAAAGCUUACGGGCGGACAACCAACCAGAAAAAUGCGAAAGAGGUCUUCUCAUCAGCCGCUGCCAGCUUCCUCCUUCCCUGAUGAAAACAAUUUACUGGGAGCUUCUUCAUCUGUACUUCCUAGAAUAGCUAGUCGUAGUCAAGCCAACCAAAACAGGAAUGGAUUUCGCUCACUCUUUUCAUCACUCUCUUUAGAUCCCAAAUCUCCAGCCCUAGACAGCAAUUUAGUAUCUCGCUCCUUAACAACAGCACCAUCCAGAAGUUCGAGAAGACACGUCAUCUCCCCUGCAGAAGAUUUAUCGACCUAUCUUCGCUAUGCAGAAGUGACCUCAUGGGACAGAUGGCCUGUACCCUCUGCGUCACACAAGAAAGGUCUAAGCCUGUGGGGGGGCAAGCGGACUUUGGGGUUCGAAGAAAUGAGCUGGGAGUGGCAUCGGAGACUUCAACUUGCAGAAGAAAGCAGAAAUAUGGGUAGAAUGUUAGGCAGCUGGGAGAUCGCCAGGAAUUGGGAAACGGACAUUAUUAAUUGGCACGAGGAAAACGUGCCUUUUCAUCCUGUAGAUGUUGCCAAUCGAUGGGGUAGUCAAAUCUUCGCUUUGCCAGCAGAGGGAUUUGAUACCCUUGAGUUCUUUGACGAAUCAAUCAGCCAAGCUGAAGACUUUGGACUUCUUAGUUGGAUUACAGGAACCCUCCUUCAAACUGCUGUUUCCACAUCACACAUGCUCCGUUACUCAUCUCAUUCCUUCACUUUCCACUUGAUACCUUCUCCACGACCGCCUCAUCUGCAAAACUCCGCCUCGUUCCCUCUUCAUGACUCUUCUUCAACAUUAAGGGCUAAACCUCAUUUCCUUUGGGAAGGGUUCGGUACAAUGGUACUCGUCAACAAAAGCAACGAUAUUGACAGGACGAUGGUAUUGGAAAUCAGACCACCAUCGGUUCUUGAUUCAGGGGUGAUCAAAGAAUUCGCGAGGGGUAAAAAUGGUGAAUCCUGGUGGGGGUUUUACGGGGAUACCUGCAUCGGCGAUAUUGGUCAAGCCAAUCUUCUCCAAGCCCAGGUAUAUGAUGAUUGUAUUCAAAAUCAGGUGUACUUCUUUGCCGUGACUAAUUUAAAAUACUGGGUUUUCGGUCAAUUCAACUCCAACUACACUCAGUGUACCGUUAGCCCAGUCAUCCAUCGACAAGGAAGAGAUCCAUCAUUGAUGCAAUGUCUCACGGCUUGGGUAGUGAGAUCGGUGGAUGAACGACCAAGGGCAACCGACCCUCAUCCUGGCAUAACCCCUCCACCUCAUGAAGAGCGCGAGCGAGAACGUGAACACCGUCGCCAUCGUCGUAGCUCCCAACCUAGACCUUCCGGCGUUCCAUCUUAUUCGGAUAACGUUAGAUCUCGUAGUUCCACGUCGAGGGCAACGACGUUACCACCUAGGCCCCAUGGAUACGAUCAUCCUUCCUCAUAUUCUCAACCUGGACCUCAUACCGGCAUAUCCCCAACACCAGUAUAUCCAAUGAAUACAUCAAAUGUCAAUCAAUCUGUCUUCCAAGGGAAUUCAAUGAUAUUACCUCAAAAUGGUUAUUCAGAUUACGGCUUACCACCUUACUCUGACAUACCACCAUCAUCCAUGUCUAUCUCACCAAUACCUUAUCAUCAAUCAAAUAUGGUGACAUACGCCCAACCUCAAAUUCAAGCACAAUGGAACAACGGAACUUCCAGAGCUUUCAGUCCGAACCCUACCCAUACGCCAACACCUCAUAAUCAAAUGCAAUAUAAUUACGGUAAUGAUUGGUACGGAGGUGGUAUGUUCCCAUGGGGAGGAAUAAGGUGA